AUGCAGGGACGCAAGGCGUAUCAGUCCAUCACAGUGGAGGCAUGUGCCGCCCUCAUGGGCGAUGAGAUCAACCAGCGUCGGCCGAAUCCUCCUCGACCGCGAGGACCUGCAGGCGUGGUGAACGAGGAGGGUUGGGUCGUAGGGGGGUCGCCAUCUCCGCCGUCGUUACCCGCCCAAGGAUAUUGGCCGACCAACUCGCCUCAGUAUGGGCAAGCCGACGUCGAAAACCCGAGUCAGGGAUACUUUGGACCUGAAGGAGACGCACCGGACGCAGUUGCAGAUGACCCCGCGGGUUGGCCCAGUGUCGUCGGUCAUCCCAGCGUGGGGCCCGGUUCGUCACGCGAUACCCAGUACACGCGCGACUUCGUCUUGUUUGAUGAAGAAUCGACGGCAUCCGCUGAUGACGACGUCUUCCCAUUCGACGCCCCCUCGGGCCAGGAGUCGUCAACGGUCGAUGCACUAGGCCAGCCGUUGGUGCGGGGCAAUCCGCAUCGUAACGCUCAAGUUCGGCAGGGACGUGGACGCCGCAGGCCAGGUCAAGCCGCCAAUCCUCGCAUCGCAGAAAUUGGCGCCUGGGACGAAAGCAGACUUGACAACGAGACCAUGAGAGUCCCCGCGGUGGACUUUGAUCGCGAACUUGACCGAUCGCUGUCGUCGAGGAACCCAUUCCCGACUCAUGGUGGGACUGACAACAGCCGGGCGCCACUCUUCACGGAUGCCACGUUCUGCGCUUGCUGCGAGUGCGUCACACUCAAUCUCCACGACCCUCUCGCCACAAACGGACAAGGCUGGGGAUUCGAAAGCGAUGGUAAACCGGCGGACGCGCAGUGGGCAGAAGGUAGCCCAUUCGACGGUGCGGGUUAGCGCUAUGGCUCAACGAGGGUUCCGCAGCUUGAUGCCCAAGGCCACCCGAGAUGCCUCAUGACUUGUUUCGUAUGAUAUUGGGCGGCGUUGCUGAUUUUGGCGUUGGUGUUGGCAUUGGACAUCAGGGGCCGGUUUUAUUCGCGGCGUUGGUGCGGUUUUGAGCAUUGCGUUGAUAAUACGGUGUACGUGGUGGAUGGAGAAUCAGGUUGAGAUUGCUGUGCGAGGGCGACUUGUGAUGGCCGACGUGGGAUGAGGUUGGCGAGGCGAAGUGCAGAGUGGGGUAGAUGUCCGGUGUGGAUGGCUUUUACUGUUGCGGCCUCAGGCACAGCUGCGGCGUCCUCUGGGGACAGAUCAAGACUUCCAGGACCAGGUCACCAACACGUGUUCAUCGCAACGAUGAACCUGCAUUAAACACAGUGUGGAAACACAGUACUGCAUCCAAUUCUUGCGACGCAUUUUGACUGCCACAGUGCAAGGUACAAUGCUCCAUUCCAAUCGGUUGAAUUCUUGGACCGUCUUGGGAUUGCCGAGCGGGAAACCAAUCCGCACGCUUCGGCCAGGCGCCAGGCCCCCGUCUGUCAGUUCCGUCGUCGCUAUCGUUUUAUGUACAAUCUAGCAGGCUAAACGAAAUGAAAGAAUCGCUCAGCAC